AUGGCGGUGAAGAAAGACAAGAAGCCUAAGAAGUCAACUUGGAAGUUUAAUUUGGACCUUACUCAUCCAGUAGAAGAUGGAAUUUUUGGUUCUGGAAAUUUUGAACAGUUUCUAUGGGAGAAGGUUAAAGUGAAUGGAAAAACCGGAAAUCUUGGGAAUGUCGUUCACAUUGAAUGCUUCGAGAAUAAAAUCACUGUUGUUUCUGAGAAACAGUUCUCUAAAAGGUAUUUGAAACACCUUCCCAAGAAAUACCUUCAAAAGAACAAUCUUCGUGGUUGGCUUCGUGUGGUUGCAUCCGACAGGGAGACUUAUGAACUUCGUUACUUCCAGAUUAGUCAAGAUGAAGAUGGAUCCGAGUCUGAGGACUAGAUGAAGCCAUCCUUUUCAGGGCUUUGCUUGCUAACAAAACAAAUGAAGUAUGCAAGAAAACAUCUUGAAAUGGACCUUUAGUUUAUCAGUGAAUAAAAAACAUUACUCUGUAUGUUAAGCAUUCAUCUCUUUAAGUGUAUGCUGUUUAUAUGGUGCUGGCUUUCCUUUAAUACUUAAAAAAAAAA